UAAAUAGCAAGGGGCUGUAGUACAUAGCACUAACGUACAGCUCAUACAGUUGUAGCUGCUUUAGCAUGCUAGUAGUUUUCAGCGCAUUUUUUUUGUAAUCCGGUGGAACCCCAUCACGUUAGUAACGUAGCCGGCCAUACUUGCGCAUUCCUGGGCGUGGAAAAGACCAAUCAGACAUACCUGAGUGACGUCACCCAGGUAUUCAGGCCGGAAGUUACCGAAUGGAGUCUGUGUCGGCUUGGAGUCCGGAGACCGUGAGAUGUUACCUGAGGGGUCUAGACCCUGCAGUACAAGUUUAUCCAUUUCAAGAAUGGAAUGUGACUGGGAAGGAUCUUCUCUGCUUGUCCUCGCAACAGUUGGAUGCUUUCGGCGUGAGGUGCAUUGGUCACCAGGAGAUUAUUCUUGAGGCUGUUGAACAGCUUUGUGCUCUGCACUAUGAGCUUUGUGCUGAAAAUCUACGAUCCCUUACUGAGAAACUUUAUGGUGUGUCACAAUCGUUGUGGUCCCAUAUAUUGAGGAUGAGAAAGGUCGCCUCGCAUUCUCUUUCAGCUGCCCCCACACCCAAGCAACUGGUUUGCAUAAUAGAUAUUGUGGCAGCUGCACGAGGGCUCUUCUCCUGGCUCAACAGGUAUCUAUUUACAAGGCUCAACGAUUACUCAGCUAGUCGGAAUGUUAUAGCGCUUUGCGUGGAGCUGGCAGAAAGCGUGCAUAAGGAGUCUGUGUUACAGGGAUGUAAAAUUACAGCGGACUGGUCAGACCCUCAUGUUGAAAGCAGAGUUGUCUCAAUAUGCCAAAACAUCUGUGGGACAUGUGAGAGCAUUCUGAACUGUAGUCCAGAUGACCUUCUGAAUCAGACUGCAACACUUGAACCUGUACAGAUCAAGCCUGAGCUGCCCGACAACAAUCUGGGUAUAGAAAUAAAGUCUACCUCAUUGGGGCAGCACUUUGUCUGUGGAACGACAGCAGAGGCUCCAGCUGGACGAAGUGGCAAGAUCUUUCCAGGCGAUGAGAUAAUUAAAGUAAAUGAUCAGGUUGUGGUUGGUUGGACACGCAAGAACCUUGUCUAUAAACUUCAAGAGAGAACUGAUUGUGUAGCACUUGUCCUCAAGAAAGUCUCCAUUCCAUCCACUUCUGUAUCUCCUACUUCUCCCACAUUCUUUAUUCAGCACUCCAGCAAAAGCUCAUUAACUGCACACAGUGAGCCGUCAUUACCAAAGGCUGAAAUUACAACUGGAGCAGCAGCCUGGCAAACCCCCAAUCGUCAGAUAUUGACAUUACGCAAAAGUACUGAAACACGCACCACACGUAGUGCACCAGUCACACCAACACAGGACACUCCUCCAGUAUUAAACAAGAAUAGUGUAAGCACAUUGCCAGUAUUCCCAGAUACGUUUUCUUUUACUAAUAAACACAACACUGAUAUUAAUCAAAUUCAGGACAGCACACAACUGAGCUCAGAUACCAUCUUAUCUGGAAACUGUCCUUGGUCUCCAACAUUUUGGGAAACGACUUCAGUUUUCCCCUUGUCACCCAUAUGUCCAGAAAAUUUUGAUCAGAAAACUAUUUCCAAGGAGACAAAGGCUUUACCCAGUACAGAGACUGACACCUUGCAGAACUUCCAGUACAUAUCUCGUCCAAGAAGUGGCUCAGAUUCAUUCACUACACCUACUGUUAGCCCUUUCUCUUCCAGGCUGUUUGCUGGAGUCCUACGUCCAGCACUGUCAGACAGUAACCUAACAGCUUCCACAGGCCCUGCUGUAUCGCCUCAGCCCAAUGUUCCUAAAGAAGUUACUGCAAAGAGUCCAUCUGUAAUAGACGAUAACCUGGCCUCCAAAAGUCCCCAAACUGUAAAAUCACAACAGGUUACAGUUACCAAGAGCAACAGUAAACAGACACAGCAUGGCAAAGAGAAAUCACCAGGUGCUCGCCGAAAAAAGAAAGGUGUAGCAACCAAGCUAAGUCGUAGAAGGGUCUCCUGUCGGGACCUUGGGAACCCUGAUUGUGAUGGCUGGUUGACAAAGAAGAAAGAAAAUGCUGGUUUUAUGACCCAGAAAUGGAAGCGUUGCUGGUGUGUUCUGAAGGGAGAUCGUCUGUACUGGUAUAAUGUGCCUCAGGAUGAAAAGGCACUGGGAUUGGUUAAUAUUUCCUCUUACAAACUGGAGAGUGCAAGGGAGCCCAAAAAGAAAUAUGAGUUCCAGCUUUGCCAUCCAUCAUACAAGCCAUUUGUGUUUGCUGCAGACAGCCUGUCUGAUUUGAGCAAGUGGGUUACCAGUCUUCUGGCUGCACUUAACAUACAUAAAGCAGCACCUUCUGCUAGUCAAGCAAGAGAAGAAGAUUGUUACAGUGAAACUGAAGCAGAAGAGCUGGAUGAAGAUCAUUCAAAAGCACAAGACAUGGUAAAGACUCCGCUGACACAAUUAGAGAACCAGAAUAUCUCAGGGGCAAGUUCACCAACAACCACAGAGGAGAAAGGAACUACUGGAAGUAGCCAAAUUCUGAAAGAAACUGAUGUUCAACCUCGAAAUGAUACUCUGGAGUCUCUGAUCUCUUGCCUGCAGCAAGGUGGAGUCUCGCUUAUUGGAGCAAAGACUGUGCUGACACGGGAUGACUACCGGAAAUCUUUCAUACGGAGAAACAAAAAUCCAGAGAUUAACCAAAAAGCACAUACACUACGUGCUCUGCAAAGCACCUUAAAAGCGAAGCUCUUAGAACUUGAGGCUCUGAAUCAGAUCUUGGAGAAUCCAUGUCUCAGUUCUGAUAUAUUUCAGAAGUGGAAGUCAGAUCAUGGGCAGUUGUAUGAGACUUUAGGUAGAGGUCCUAAGCCAAGAAGUGCACUGGUUGAUACAUGGGCGCAUACUGAUUCAAGCGGGGAGGAAAAAGAGCAGAUCGAAGAAAUGGUGUAAAUAAGAAACAAUUGUUAAACAGAAAUAUGAGCCCCCUCUAUGGUUUAAAUCAUUUUAUAUAAGCUUAUAAAUGCAUUCAGUGGGAGCACUUUGACACUAAAACAUCUUUCUGUCUUCUACAGUCUGCUGCCACAUUCAAUUUCCAGGAUGUCUCUGGCCAUUUUCUCCUGUUCAUAGAACCGUCAGUUUUCUUAGCUAAGCCAUGGAAUCUUAGUUUGUGUGAAUCCCAGGACCUUACUUACAUCCACCCCUUUGUGUCUCUGCUUUGACGAGUUUUGCAUCAGCUUCAUUGCAGACACAUGGAAUGAGUUUCAGUGCAGAAACACUUUUCACACCAAUAUCUGCUAUGUGCUUAUAUGCAGGCUGAGAGACAUCCCAGUGUGGCACUAGCCUUAAUGUGACAGUAUAUAAAAACUCAGUGAAUGGGACUUGUGCUGAACAUACAUUUUACCUAUUACUUUAAUUAAGAAACAUGUUUUAUGUUAUAUCUGACAUCAAAAAAGAAUUUGAAGCCAGUUUCACUUUAGCACUUUAUGUAAUUUCCACAGAGCAUGAGAGUAUCUAAUAAAAUGAGUAUUUACUGAGAAGCCCGCUGGUAAUGAGCUGCUCAAAGAGCGGUUGCUUAGAGAAAGGAGGGGUUUAUUUGAUUAAAGGUAGAUAAAGAACCCUGAACACAUAUCCCUGUUUAUAAAGGGAAGUUCAUGUGAAAACAAACUUUCAAAUUUGUGCUUUAGAAUGGCAAAAAAAUACAAAAUAUGGAUUUAAGCACAAUGCAUUUUCAACACAAGUCCUAUUUAGCAAAGCUAUGUUUAGUUUCAUCUUGUUUUCAUCUUGUGGCACCAAUCCCUACAGGGUUCACAGUGCUUAUCUUUUUGUUUUGCUGCUUGUUGUGUGCCCUCCCAUUAUUUUAGCCCAAAGGGUGAUAGUUCCUCUUUCAAUGUAUUAAUCUUUUAGGAAUGGGUGCCUGCAUGUAACUGUACUAUACAUGGAUUAAUUAAAUGCAUGGAGUUGGUGUGCAUUAAGACAGGGUAUGUAAACUAGUAGAGGAAUAUUGGAAAUAAAAACAACUUGCUAAUAUUGUUUAGAUAUUAUGAAAGUGUUAAAAUUGGCAAAAAGAGCAUAUUUUAAUAUGAAGAUAUUAUCUGUUUUGUUAUAUAUAUCUAAACAUGCUUUCCAAACUUUGUCUUAAAGGAUUUAUAUUUUAAAUAAAUCAUAAAAUACGACAAAAA